CGGAUCUCCAGGCAAGACCUCGGCAUCAUCAGACAGGCCCGCCUCAUACUCUCAGUCACCGCGCCCCGAGGAGGUGCAGAGUGAGGCGAUUGCUUCUGAGCCGCCCGCAGCGCCCCAACCCGGUGCAGCUCCAGCCCAGAGCUCCGCGCGCGCAGCCGUGUCACCCCUCAGCCACAGCAAAAGCUGCUGUUCAGACUUGGUCUUCUUGGGGUCCAGGAGGCCGGUGUGGGAGGUGUCGGCAGUCUUCUCGCUCCUCGCGGUGGUGGCGGUGGCGGCGGCGGCGGCUGGCACGGUGGCCGCCGCCUCCUGCGUGUCCUCGCUGUCCGGCGCGACCCCUGGAUUGCGUACUCUUGAUCCCGACCUUCUGGGCGGGGCCCCGCGCUCCUGCCCGCGGUCCGGAUGGGUCUCCUGGCUGGGAUUCGGGCCACUUGGAGUUAAUGUCCAACUGGGGGUCUACGGAGACCGGAUCCGAGGUGCCGCCGCUGGACGGGAUUCUAAGAUGAAGUUAUGGGAUGUCGUGGCUGUCUGCCUGGUGUUGCUCCACACCGCGUCCGCCUUCCCGCUGCCCGCCGGUAAGAGGCUACCCGAGGCGCCCGCCGAAGACCGCUCCCUUGGCCGCCGCCGCGCGCCCUUCGCGCUGACCAGUGACUCCAAUAUGCCUGAAGAUUAUCCUGACCAGUUUGAUGAUGUCAUGGAUUUUAUUCAAGCCACCAUUAAGAGACUGAAGAGGUCACCGGAUAAACAAGCGGCCGUGCUUCCUCGCAGAGAGCGAAAUCGACAGACAGCAGCCGCCAGCCCAGAGAAUUCCAGAGGGAAGGGUCGUAGAGGCCAGAGGGGCAAAAACCGGGGCUGUGUCUUAACUGCAAUACACUUAAAUGUCACUGACUUGGGUUUAGGCUACGAAACCAAGGAGGAACUGAUCUUUCGGUAUUGUAGCGGCUCCUGUGAUGCAGCCGAGACAAUGUAUGACAAAAUACUAAAAAACUUAUCUCGAAGUAGAAGACUAGUGAGUGACAAAGCAGGCCAGGCAUGUUGCCGACCGGUUGCGUUCGACGACGACCUGUCAUUUUUAGACGAUAACCUGGUUUACCAUAUUCUAAGAAAGCAUUCCGCUAAACGGUGUGGAUGCAUCUGACUCCGGCUCCAGAGACUGCUGUGUAUUGCAUUCCUGCUACAGUGCGAAGAAAGGGACCAAGGUUCCCAGGAAAUGUUUGCCCAGAACGGAAGAUGAGGACCAAGGAGGCAGAGGCGAGAAGGAAGAAGAGGGAGAGGAGGAAGAGAAGGAGGAAGGCAUCCAUCGUGGGAGCCUGGUAGAAGAAGGCCCAGCUACAGACAACUGGAUAGGAGCGAGAACAGCCGUCUGAGCACUCCAGGAGGGCAGUGGUGUCACCAGAAGCUCAAGGCUGGCGUCCCUGCUUAGCUGCUGCCAGCAUUUAACUGACACAGUCCACGGUCACCGAUUGCGGUCCGAGUCGCCGAUGCAUACAGAGAACCAAGCCAGUGGUUCUUUCUCACGUGUCUGAAGACACCAGGGAAAUGUGAUGAUUCUGGUGUCACCUCUUGUCACUACAUUUUCUGAUGAAAAUAAGAAAGAUGUAUUUUCCUGUCACUCAACGGAUUCAUACCCUAGGAAGGAGGGGGGAACAAAAGCAGAGGUACAAAGAGAUCAUCACCUUUGAAUUUGAAAACCGAGGCCUGAGAUUGACGACAUCCAGCGUUUGGAGGGUGGGGGGACACUUGGUGGUUGAAUUUGAACACAGUGUAUGGGGUAGAGAGAAGUUGGCUAGGAACCCAAAAGGCUGUCCUCCUGCUUAAAAACAAACCAGAAGGCAUUUCCUUGAUGUCCUCGGGAACAGGAAGAAAGCUGUGGUUUUCGGCAGCAUCCUUGUAGGAGAGCUAGUGGGGAAGGCCCCCAGCUACCCCCCACCCCCGCCAGGGAGACCCCCGGGGCCUGUUGGUUUACAGAGACUGACGUUACAUACACAGCUCCGUUUAUGCGUGGUCACCAGUGACCAGAGAAGCUACUCGAUGCAAUGCAUCUGUUUCAGAUACAGAGAUAUAGAAAAGAUAUUUAUUAAGAUUUAAGUUAUUGUUAUUUAUUACCAUUCACUAAUGAAUUUCUCUCUUCUUCCCUUAUUUAUUAAAGUCUCUUUUCAAAGGUGCCAAAGUAUAUGUGCUCACAAAAUACAAAAAAAAAGGUGACAAAAGGAAGUAUUAAUUGGGAACAAGGGUCCAUGCUCUUCAAAGUAUUAAAAGGGUUUCCACUGGGCAAAAAAAAAUCGCUUACUUUACCUUUAUAAGACAGCCCCUUAACUGACCCAGGUUUCCCCCUUUUUGUGGACAGGCUCUCCCGUGGCCUAGGCUGACCUUGAACUUACUGCUUGGUUGAGAAUGAUCUUGGCUUUCUGAUCCAUCGACUUCUUGUGGGGUUGAGAUCUCUGACAACUCACCCUAUCUCUGCUCUAGGCAUGGAAUUCAGGGCCUCAUUCAGGCUAGGAGACUCUACCAGCUGAGUUACACCCUGUUAAAGGAGUAUCUCAGUCCCGUACCCUCACCGGCAGUCCCAGUGCCGUUGCCACUUGGUUCCAUUUCAUCCUUGCCCCAUCACUGAGCAGAGAGGCCGCAAGCUCCUCUUCCCUUUCACAUGUGUGACAUCAUAGCCACAUAUACAGAAGGAUGAAUUCCCCCUUGGUCGUCCUGGACUUACAGUCACCUAAAAGUGAAAUGAAGGACCUGCCAGGUAGCCAAGGUUUAGCCCUGCCCGAUGGCACCUCUGCCUCCUUUCUUGCCCACCUACCUCCUCCCUGAGGGCACACAGGCAGAAGCACAUGGGGAAUCUUGGAGGGAGAAGCCAUCUUUCUUGUCCUUUGCCAGGUCUGUUGUCUUCUGGGUUCAACAUUUGCGAUCCCUUCCAACCCAAUGAGUUCUAGGAAGAAAAGUUGACAGAAAGAGGCAUCUGACUGGCCACAGGACAUAAGAGGCCCACCCUCAUUGUGUAGAGGGGAGGAAGUAGAUGGGGGAAUGGCACCUCUCACUGUCCCCAUAGUGUACCUGUCUAGCAGCUGGCAUACAGGUAUUGCCUUGAGUCCUAUGUUAGAGCUUGUUACACAUUUCAGAAAUGGAAUUUUAUGCAGAAAUUAAUUAAUCACUUCCUUCAUAGCUGCUACCCCCCAAAGUAGGACCAAUUGGCCUAUCUCAAAUAAUCAGGUUAAAAUUUCAAAGUAACCAAGAGGUAAAAGUUGCUGGACAUCCCCUCCCUGACCCAUGGCCCUAAAGACCCAAGUUGACGUAUGGUUCCACACCCUCUGCCGGACUGGGAAAUGGAGGCAAAGGCUGCGCUCUCACCCUCUGCUGCUCAAACUGGUGAUGCCCUCAGUUGCCUGGCAUGAUUGAGAUGUAGUUCAGGAUCUCCUGUUCAAUUCUGAGAAUCCUAGUAGACAUGGUAGCUGAUAUUCCCAGGUCCAGACACAGCCUUCAGCUCUCGGGGGAGUCUCUGCUCAGCAUCAUCUCCACACUGCAAGCAGGUUCUGAUGGGAGCAAGCUGCUCCACCUAGUCCACAGAAGGGUAAAGUUGGUGAUUUUUUUUCGUUAUUGUUGUAAUCACCAUCUAACACAGUAAGGAGCACGCUUCUUUGGAAGUUCUGAUCUCCCUGAUCUGUCUCGGUCGUUUGUGUUAUACAACCAAAGUUCUCUACAGACUUUAUUUUUGUACAAUAUCAUUUUGUAACUUUUUACAAAUAAAAGCUCAUUUCUACUGCU